AUGGCCGGGGAUGGAUAUGACAAAGGCAAACUCUCCCAAUCUCGUGAUGAGGCCAAUAACCUCAGAAACGAGAAUAAGGAACUACAGGAGAAUUUCCACAGGCUUGAGAUCGAGAACGUUCAUCUCAAUCUUGAGUUGAGAAACUCUUCCUGUCACCAAUCAUGGCUCCAAGACAAGUGCAAUGACCUCGAAAAACAGAUUGAUCGCUUGGAAAAGGAAACUAACGUCUUCAAGGGCUCUCGCCCUCGUAAGAUCCCUCACAUGUUGAGGGUAAGUAUGCCACACAUACUGCCUCAACACAGCCAGCAUAGGGCACCAGUGGUCCCUAUGUCUGCUUUGAAUGUGGAGGUGCAUAACUGCGCUGUGAGACCUCCUGUCCCGACAAGGGUAAGGGUUCCUCUUGCUGGCCUCAUGGAUGGCCAUUACGGUCACCAUGCAGCUCCCAUUCCUCCUCCAGGGCCUCAAGGGCCCUCAUCCUCUUUUGGUGCCAUGACAGCACCUCCUCCUCCCCAACCCAGCGAGGUGCCUAGCUUGGUCCCAGAGGGGUAUUUGUGGUUCACUGAGGUGAAUUGCUCUGCCACUGCUGGGACCUGGAGAAACGUCCCUAUCCCAGGCACGUUCUUCCAAGGUGACUUCCAUUUUGGUGUCACCAUCAGUGGCAAAAACUGGCCUGUGUCGGACAGUCGCAACCAUCACCAAAAGCGGUGGAAUGACUGGGUUCACCCAUUCUUGAACUCGAUUGAAGGGUUCAAGUUCAUGGUGGACUUGAAAUGGCUCGACCAUGAAAUGAGGAAUGGGUUCAACAGCGCUUUGCUGGAGGCUCGUCAACUUCAUGGACAAUUCUUCGACAUUAAGUUUGUGAACGGACAGAACAUGUCUGCCACUGAACUUGAUGGACAUUUCGGGGAUGAUCCCUGA